GGAAGCCACAAGGUGAGCCACAUGAAAAACGAACAUGAAAGAGAGCAGCUUAUUCUCAGGGCAAAAGCAUGGCGUCCCCGAAACAACUCGGACUUUUUAUCGUUCUCGUAGCGACGAGAAGUUUGGCGCAGGACUUAGGUAAGUAGUAAACAAGAACCUGAUUACAUGUAAAUAAAUAAAUUUUAAGUUUAUACUUUUGAUGGGUUUUUGCCAAAUUGAUCCGGCAAUGGUUUGACUUUCUAGCACUGCUGGUUUCAGUCUGCUGGUUUGCAUAGCGGGGUUGAAAUGUAGAGCACAUGCAACUAUGCAAGAAUUAAGAUACGGUUUCAGGUUUUAUGACUGUUGAGUAAACUCUAAAUGUUUAUUUUAAGCGUAACAAGGGAAGGAACUUCCUUAAAUUUUAGCUUGGAUAUUUCAAGAUCAAUAUGUACACUCAAUGAAUUCUGCAGGUUAGAACAAUUAUGAUAUUGGUCCAUCUGGUCUAUCCAAAAUUGGUGAGUGUUGAAAACUGUUGGUAAGCAAAGCCCUUGUUCUGGUCCCUUUCCUGUGUACCAGGAUUUGAGUAUACACUAUGACGGUCUUGUUAAAAAUGCCAUUGUUGAUUUGCUAAUCACGAUGAAAGGAAAUUUGAAACACACUUCUGGUAAUUGGUUGAAUCCAUCGGGGAGCCAAGAACAAGGAUUUCAGCUCUGCCUCGCAGGCAUUACUAACCAAGUUUUUAUUACAUCUGUAGCUUCCCACGCACACAUUCUUAGGCAUUCGUCACACAAUCAUUCCUCCCCCACUAACGUGUUGGGAGCAAUGAUAGCGUGACGAAUGCCUAAGAACAUCUGCUUGGAGGCUAUUACAUCUGUGACCCAGACUAAAACAUAUGGGGCCAUGUAGAAGUCUUACAAAAAUCUUAACCAAGUCUUAAAUUGUCAGCAGUCUUGAGUAAAAGUAGGACCUUAAGUGCUGCAUUCUACUGACUACCCCUGGGUCUCCUACAACGCAAAUGCUGUAAAAUGCUAUGUUUGGUUACAUGCCUGUUGCCUUCCUUGUGAGUGGUGUUUUUCACAUGGGCUAGUGAAUUUUGCUCACUUAACUCUCUCUGAGGAAAAUGAGGGUCUGCUCAUAAUCUAGAAUUUAUUUAACCUUGGGUAGUAAUGUCAACUGCAAUUUCUAAACCAAUAACAAGUUAUUGGGCUACAUGUAUGAGCUACUGGAGCUUAUUAGGGGAAUUUUUUCUUAGUUAAUUUGCAUAUUUUAGUUUUAUCACAAAUUUUGUACCAAUCAUUGUUCUAAAACUUGUCAGUAUUUAGAAAAAAUGGAGCACCUUUCAUCAACUACAGAAGUUUACCCCUGCAAAGUCAUUGAUAACAUUAACUAACUCACUUUUCUCUUUUCUCGAGGGUACUUUAUAAUAAAAUUGAGGUUCUUUUUAAAUGCCUAAAUUGCAGUUUCCUUAACUUAUUCUGUACCUUAAUCCAUGAAAUUCCUACUCUUAUAAUUAUGUACUUCUUACUAGUAACCUAGGUAUGACUUUCAGGCAGAUCCUUCCUGCAUAGUCCACUACAGGGCAUAUCAAGGGAAGGGGCCAUGGGGCAUAUUUGUGAGCAACAGAUGGAAACUUUUUUGGUGAGAAGACAACUUGCAUGGGCUCUUUCUCAUUUGGCCUUUCAGUAUGAAAAUGAUUAUUCCAGAAGGAAUGUCUAAGUACUUGUGCCAAACUACCAGAUGAGACUUGUUUUGAGACCUGCCUUGAGAGCACCCUUCCCCUUCUCCUGGACGGGCUUUCCCUGACUAUGUCAAUGGAGGAUAUCCUUUAGGAUUUGGCAAUUUGUCUGUAUUGUGAUCGCAGUCAUCUUUUAUGGAAGUUGGGCCAGGGGCACAGUUGUUCCCGGACUUGUUUCUUUUGAGGUCAUGUGGUGUGUUUUCUCUCCUUUUAAGGUUUUUUCAAAGAAGCGACUUGUUAAAACAUUUAGCUAUAAAAAAUUGCUUAUAAACAAUUUAAAAAAACAUUUUUUCUUAAUAAUAAUAAUAAUAAUAAUAAUUUAUGAACUUAUUGUGCGCGGCUUAACAUGAGAAUGAUCAGCUGCGCAUUACAACUACAAUACUUUAAAAGGAACAGAAUUAAUAAAAGUUAAUGCAUUAAAAAAUAAAAAAUAAAAAGAAUAUAUAUGCAUGCAAGUAAGAACUGAAUAUAAAAUUGCUCAACAAUAUAAAGUUUUAAAAAGAUAAGUCUUAAUAUGCUCCUUAAAACUGUUCACAUUAGUAAUCGCAUGAAGUUCUUUUGGGAGAGAGUUCCAGAGCCUUGGCGCUGCUACCAUAAAAAAAUUUUUUAAAAUAGUUAAAUAAUAUUUGAGGUUCUCAGACAUCAUUAUCAAGUAAAAAAAAUACGUACAGUAUGAUGUUCUAUAAAUACAAGAAAAACAAUAGUUCAUUAACAAGAAAAGUAACAUAUAAAAUAUGUUACAAGUUAAACAAAGAGGCUAGCAAUGAUGGAGUCACUCCGAGUGUAAGGGUUAACCUAAGUUCUUUGAUGAAUAACAUUUUGUAAACAAGGAGCUCAAAUUUUCUGUGGCACUUCUUGAGCACACAAAAUUGACCCUCAUUCAGUCAUUUAAGGUUUUUCCUUAGUAUUGCAUUGUGCAUCAUUACUGCACAUAAUUUCACGUAUGAUUAAGGUAAACUAUGCGAAUUAAAACAUGGCGGCUAUUGCCUCACGGCUGGAGCUCUCCAUUGAGGUAAAUCUUCAUUUUCUCUUUAAUGGGGAAUUGUGACCUAUCCUUUUUUUCUCUUCUUUCAAAAUGAGUAGUAACUUUCUUUCUCUAGGAUAAAUAUAGACCAAUUCUCAGUGCAGAAAAAGAAACAAUUGUCAGCAUGUACUCGUAAAUAUAAUCCUACUGGUAUUUUAAGGAAUUUUUGCGUAUAUACAAGUUGGUGCUGCUCCUAAACAAGCUUCAGGACCCCCCCCCAAUUUUUUUUUUAUAAAAUUUAAGUUUCUAUAAUAAAAUAAACAACCAACAGGUAAAAUUUGACAAAAAUCUCACUGCAGGUUAUAUUUCAUAGGAAUGACCUUCAGGGAGGUCAUGUGUUUCUCUUUUCUGCUAUUGUAGGAGUAGUAAGCACUUUGGCUGGGGGUGGAAGGAUUCAUGAAGGCAGCAAGACAGACUGUAAGGAUUACUCAUCAUCUAUGAUGGAUGGAAUAGGAACAGAAGCCCGGUUCAAUUACCCCUGGGGUAUUGAAUUUGACCCUGGAGAAAAUGUGUUGUAUGUUGCCGACUGUGUAAGUUUUUCGUGGCAUAUAUUCUUUUGAAAUGCUGGCUGUUUGAAGUACAUGUAAUCUCAUUAAGGUACUUGCAGGUCAUGGAAAGCCUGGAUAGUCAUGGAAACCAGGACUGAAAAUGCUCGUGAAAUAUAAGGAGAGCUCAUUGUUAAUCCUAGAAAAAUUGGAUCUCAGAUUUUGUUUGUCCUCUGUUUGUUUUAAAAGGGAUGUCCUGAAACAGUCCACAGUAACGACCGUAUAAGGAAGAUUAACAUUAGUACUCGUGAGUAUACAGUUCAUUUCAUUUUUUUAAAGGCCAGUUUCUUUAUCGUGUCAUGUACUCAUCAAAUGCUACCUCACCUCUACCUUGUUGACCCAGUAUUAAACAGUCAGUAAGACUGAUGCCCCAUGCAUCGCCAAUAAACCAUGCCCCUUUGUGAAUGGUAAAUACCUUCUCCUUUUCGGAUCUUCUACUAAUCUAAAUUCUUAAUGCUACAUUGGGAAAACAAGAUCUACUGUUGGAUUUGCUUGAUGCACACCUUUUUUAUAUAUAUUCAAUAUUAUUCCUUAUGCAUUUAUUCCUAGACUAAAAGUAGUCCCUAAUUUUUCUCAAGCAAUAGUAGAGGGAAUAAAAUACUGUAAACUUUCACUUAUAAGGGGUUUUAGGUGGUCAUAUAAAUUGGGGGCUUAUAUCCGCACUAAAUAUCAACAUACAAUUUUUGAAAUCACUCGCCUUUUUAAUCUUCAAAACGUUGUAAAAAAUCGAAUUCAUUUCAGUACUAGUUAAGAGGGGCUUAUAACCAGAUGAAUUUUUUGUUUAUGGGUAGAUAGGGCAAUAGCUGGGUGGGGGGGGGGGUUCUUUAAAGAGGAAGUUUAUGGUAUGCGAGUGCGUCCUAAAAUGCACACCGGCAAGGAAGGUGACAUGCUCAGGGAAAGGAGAAAUAUUUUCUGUCCUUCCUCUGCUUCGUGCCUCCACUUGCGCGUGCCAGUUUUCACUCAACCUCGCUUAUUUCACUCUUUCAACUGUCCGUGAAGAAACUGAGGAACUAGUCAUUAAUUAACCUAUUGCUCCCACACUGUACUACACUUAUCCUGUUUGCUUUGUAGGUCAGGUAACUACUUUAGCAGGUGGUUCUCAAGGUUACAAAGAUGGAAAAGGGGAAAAAGCAAAGUUUCACCACACAUCAGGUAAGGAAACUGGUCGUUUAAAUACAAGCUGAAACAGUGUGAGAAAAACUGUACAACAAUUUCUUACACUUAGAGCGGUUUUCACUUGACUGUCGUAAAACCAAAACCAAAGUAAAUACACUAGCCAACCAAAGGGCGUAGUAAAACCAAAACCAAAACCAAAACCAAUCCCUUUCGACAGUCAAGUGAAAACCGCUCUAAGUUACAGUUAGCGCGUGAACAAGAAAAACAAAUGGCGUGAAUAUUCCUCUUUCUAUAAGACAACUAUUCAGUACUAUUUGUGCCUCAACUGAAUCGACUUGCAUCAAUACUGCGGCGGUUAAUCGAGGGCGGUGCUUAUUCGAGUAAACACGGUAGUUUGUAAGUGGAACUUCAAACUGAACUUAUCUUUUGUGAUUGAGGUAUACUUUUAGCUCUCUUUAUGUCUCUGAUAUCUUUAUUCGUGUACAAGAUUUUUCUGGCGUCUUUGCAACUGUUGGUCGGUUUGAUACUUUAAAGCCAAAGCGACAGGCUUUGAACAAUUAAUAGCUGUACUAGAAAGUAACCUGCAUGGUAGGCGCCGGUUUCCUUUUCGCCCUAAAAAAACCCAGCGUCUGCUAAUCAGGUUAUACUAGAAAAGGUCGGGGAAUACCGGAGAAAGGUGAAGUGUAUCAAAAAAGAAGGAGAGGGAGGAAAUGGUAGAAAUGAGAUCAUCGUAGAAACAAAAGACGUCCUUUUAUCUUUUGUUUCUGUCUUAGGCACUGUCUGACAAAAAAUGUUCACACGAAGUUACCAUUUUAUUCAGUAAAAGGAAAGAACGUUUUGAAUUUACAUUUGCACACAGUAUUAAUGUAGUAAAAACAUGUCGCUCUUUACUGAAAAUUUCAGCACGUUCAAAAUUGAAGUAUUUGACGUAAUUUGUAUCAUUAUUGUCAAACAGGAAUGGCCAUUGAUCUAGAGGAGAGAGUGUUGUAUGUAGCUGAUAGUGUAAGUUAACUUUCUAUGUCGAGUCCCUAACCUGCAAAACAGGCGUUAUUGUUUUCGCGUUUUCAGGCGAGCAAAGGCAAGCGCGAACCGAGCGAAGAGCACCAAACACGCGCAACAAGGGAAGGCGCCUUUCCUCGCGCGUGUGUCGCGCUCCACGCCCCCUUGGUGCUUCGUUCGCCCGAAAAACGCGAAAAAAUAACGCCAGUUUUGUAGUCUAGUGAGUUCCAGUUUAGGUGACCUUCGGUUUUAGUUGUCUUAUGCAGUUUAUUUUCAUUUACAUUUUGCAGGGUAAUGACCGUAUAAGGAAAAUUGAUCUUAAGACAGGUCUGUUUUGAUAACUUUUUUUUGUCGUUAAUAGUGUUGCAAAUGCUUUCAGCUCAGAACAUAAAAUGUCCCAAUGGAGUUACAGCUUCUUUAAUCUUUAAUCGCCACUUUAAAACUGUGGUUACUAGAGAGACUGUGAAAACGUAGCGUGAUUUUUGCAGCCGUCGUAACCUCGUUGGUGGGCAGUGGGGAGUCUGGAUUCCAUGAUGAUGUAGGAAUGAAAGCCAUGCUGUCCAAUCCCCAGCAACUUGAAAUUGAAAGCUUAAAACGGAGGCUGUUCCUAAGUGACACGGUAAGUUUGCUAACUGUGAGCACGUCAUACCCUACUGGGCUCUGUAUAAGUUAUAGUUAUGUAUUUAUAAUUAGCCAUGUGGAGGUUGGGAGAAAGACUGGGUUGACCUGUGUAGCGUAGAAUAGCACUAUGGGAGAGUAUCGGGAGUCAAAUUUUGACCCACUGGAGUUUCCUGUGCAACUUUGCAAUGGGCAAUAAAAAAGCGAUAGCUUCCUAUGAAACAUUCUCAUGGUGCAAUUAGACACAACAUCGUCCCACUGGCUUGCGCAAACUCAAAAUGGCCAAUCGUCGUAUACAAGAGGUAAGGACGCAGUUUUAACCCGCAAGCCUUUGCGCUCAAUACGACAGGACAGUUGGGGUAUUCUUGUUUAAUGUUAGUUGGUGGUCCGUUCUUUAGUAAUACAGAGCGUUCACACGCCCUAAACAUGUUGUACUUACUAUGCUGGCCUUUACAGGAGUUGUCUGGACUUAAUUAACCCGACUGUGGUACACAAGUCUGCUUCACUUUCACAUUUGUACAUUGUUCCAAUUUACCUUCGUAAGGGGUCCGGCAUUCUCUUAGCCUCCAACGCAGACUUUCUUACAGGCUUCGCCACGCGUGUGAACGUCUGCGUGGAAGGCAAGGCCAUUCUGUCGUUGGGUGCCAGUGAUUGUUAGGAUUUUGAGAACAGUAAUACAAAACUUUAAUUCACUUUUUCCUAUCUUAGUCCUUCACUUUAAAAGGAAAGUCCCAAUCUAGUGUAUCUUUUGUAAUCUAUAAUUUUGCGAAAAUGGAAGCAAAAAAAAAAAUUGCAUCUCACGUCACUAUUGCUUGCGGUUUUUCUAAUAACUGAUGGUCUUUAUUCUAGGAUAAUCAUGCCAUAAGGAUUAUCUCACUACCAAACGGUAAGUUCAACAACUACAAAUACCAAAGGGUGUUUCUUUGCGUUAAAUAAUUUGUCGUCUUUACCAAUUGACUUACUAAAUGAAUAAGUCCGCCAAGUGAAUGUGUAACACCGAGAUCAAAUGGCUGUGACUGUGAAAGAUAAAUAAGCUUAAAUAACUGUUUAAAAGACUUGUGAUCUGGCUGCUUAGAGGAUCAGGUGACUAAGAAAGUGAGUCCCUCAGUGCUUGGUUAAUUAGCUAAUCGUACGGGUGUGACUGACUGAUAGCUAGGCAGAUUGACUGAAUCACACAUUGACUAUCUGGCUGAUUGCAACGAUUAUUUUAAGCAAGAGAGAAAUUUUUCUUGUAUAAGACCUUUAUUUGUACCCAUUUUGGACGAAACCUUAACAUGGAGUCCGGGCAAAGAUAAUCCUAAGACUAUCAGUUCCGUUGCAGAUGAUUAAGCUGCUACCUUAAGGUCGUAAGUAGCAAAAAAAUAACAUGCCAUCAAUAUGUGGCAGGAAUCAGCCCACUUGCCAAUCCCGCUCCUGUCAUGCCUAAUUGUCGAAUAUUAAUGUGUGAUUGAGUGUGAUGAUACUUUUGUCAUUGUUUUGUUUUGUGCUACCAAAAUGGUGACCUUGUGGACAGUCCUUUCAAGAAGUAAAAAAUAUUUGCAGCUCGGCAUACGACAAAAGAUUAAAGCGACAGCGCUUGUGGGAUCGGUGGAUUUCUUUAAGAAGAUUGCAAACUAAGAAAAAAUAAUAAGCACAAUGUGAAUAAUAUUAAUUGUCCUGCUGACAGGAGAAGUAAAAACAUUGGUUGGCGGACGUCAAGGGUUCGCUGAUGGUGUCGGAAAAAAGGCAAAAUUCUACCACCCAACUGGACUGUCUCUUGAUGUGCAUUCUGGGAUAUUAUACGUGGCCGAUCAUGUGAGGAUAUUAUUCGCUCCCAGAGUCUUCUCCUACUCGUCCCCUGCGGCGAGUAGGAGAGGACCCUGGGAAUAAAAUUUGAUAUUAUGGUGUUCUCAAUAGAAAGUUUAUGUUCCAGGGUUGUUUGCAUAAAAAAGCAACGAUUCAGUACUCGUUUACAUUACUCUCGAUUUUUUUUCUAGCUGAAAACAGAAAGAUAGAUAAAUCUCUAAUUGCAGUUUGAAGAUAAGUACAAAAAAACCUGCAAAGUUACAGAAAGAGAGGGAAAUUACAAGAACAAAUCGAUGAUAUGAGAAAACACUGGAUACUCUCACCUUCCCAGCCCUUAGUCCCAGAUCAAAGAUUUAUGUGAUGUUUAAAACACGCACAGUAGUGUUGAUCUAAGGAACAAUUCGUGCGAAACGCUAGAUUUUUAAACUAAAUAACACGUCCUGUAAGUGUUUUGAACAACUGUAAAAAGGUCCGCCGAGUAUUUCAUUGCGAUAGUAUUGUUUAAAACAGUGUAUUUCUCUUUUUAAUAGACGUUUUUUGAAAAAUGUCAAACAAAAGCAGCCAGCUUUAGCCUUUGUUUGUUGUUCUCUCCACAGUAUAACCACGCGAUACGGACUGUUGAUACAAAGAACGGUACGUUUUUUUUAUUUUUUAAUUCUUGUCAAACCAGGAACUUAAAUGGCUAUGACUGAUCAACAAAGAAGGCAAAUUUUAGAGAACGAAGACUUAUGGAUUAUGUUAAUAACCUUAAAGAUUUGCCAAGAACAGACCUUAAUGGCAUUCAAACUUAUGUGGGAAGAUCUUUUCGCGGCGCAGUUGUUGUACCUUGACGGCACGCUAGUUCAAGUUCCCAACAAGUAUGGUCUGUUACAUCAUUUUUUACCUUAUUUAAUAAGUAAUAUUGUGUUUUCAGGUCAAGUAAGGACACUAGCAGGGAAUGGUCGGCAAGGUUUCAAGAACGGCCUAGGGUCAGAUGCAAGAUUCAAUUAUCCUGAAGGAAUUUAUUUUGACACGGAUCACAAAGUCCUUUAUGUUGUCGAAUUUGUGAGUUCAUUGGUAACAGUUCACGAACAAGUUUAAAAUCUUGUGCCGCGAUAUUGGUCGAGUGCUACCACUUGUUUAAAUUGGACUGGAAAAUCGACCAUCUGACUUCCUCACACCCUCCACUGAGUGAUGUACACGCAGAUCCAGUAGCUGAUCCAGGGGGGGGGCUCCCCCUUAUUUUUAGACCAAACUGAGGCCCGAAGGGCCGAAAAAAGAAAAUUUCAUACCGGGCUCUCCCCUUAUCUCAAGGUAUGGAUGACCGGGCCUCCCCCUUAUCUGACGGUCUGGAUCGGUCACUAACACGUGCAUGGGUUGUUCGAUCACCAGCUCAGACCAAAACGUGUCCAUUGUUAAUGUCCAUUGCCCCUUUCAUAUCAGAGCAUGCGCAUUCAGGCUGAAUUAGAGAGAGUGCAAAACUUUGACUUUAAACUUAACAUAGGAGCAUCUGCAAAUAAUCUACCAUUUCACUCCCGCUGGUAUAAGAUAGACUGUGUUUAAAAUCUCCUUUUCAUAUUUAAACAUGUUUCAACAGUUUGUCAGCCAUAAGGAGUCCCGUGAAAGCAAAUUUACCCUUUUACUUUUCUUUGUUUUCUAUUUUAUGCUUUAGGAUAGCAACGCCAUCAGGAUGGUUACUCCAAACGGUCUGUGACAUUAAAUCUUUGCUCAACUGUUUUUCAAUCUUAGCUGUUAUUUAUUUGGUGGUGAAUCUGAACAUGACGUGUUUGUUUAUCUACAGGUAAAGUCAGCACGCUGGCUGGUGGUACUGAGGGCGUCCGUGAUGGAGUAGGUACACAAGCCCAGUUUUUUCAUCCCACUGGACUGACCUUUGACCACAGGACCAAAGUCAUUUAUGUCACAGAUCAGGUGAUAUUAUAUGCCACUCACAAUGGGUCAUUUCCGAAUAGCCACAAGUCUCUAUUCCAAAACGAGGCUAAAUGCGAAGACUUUGAUAGGAGAACAAGUUUCAUUUUCCCUGGUAGCUACAGCAGAGGCCUCUUUUCCCUGGUGGGAAAAGAGACCUCUGCUUGCAGGGAAAAACUCAUUUUUCUUAAGGAAGAUUUUACUCUAGGCCUAGGUUUGAAAGUGAGGGUUUUUGAAACUUGGAAAUCACAGGCCUUUUUUUAGAUAUAUUAUCAUGCCAGAAGGUCUCCUUUCGCAAGAAUGUGCAAUGCAGUUGGCAAAUAAAUUAAUUCUCUAAACUAUACAGAGCAACUUUAUGCAUAAAUUUUCGCAGUUUGGCAAGGCCGUAAAAAAAUAUAAUCACUUGAGAAACGCCGUGAUCUAACGAAAAAUGAACCGUCUCUAGGUAGCAAUCAAGGUGGUUACUUACGUGAGACCAAUCCUCUCUUGGUGAGACCGAUGCGACCAAUAUUGUUUUUUACGUAUAAAACGCAUAUCAGGGUAACUAUUCUAUCAUAAACUGUACUGCAAGUGCUAGUAUUGAGCAAACAGCAUGUGGAUCUCCCAUUUAUGAAUUCAUGCUCCUCGUUUUUUUUUCUUUUCACAGUACAAUCACAGAGUGAGGAGUAUCAGCGGCGUUGGUUCAUCAGUCGUUGAUCCCAACAAAUCUGGUAUGUUGCUACCUAUCGUUAGUCUCAGUCUUGUCAAAUUGUGCGCUUCUAGCUUCAUCUUAAAGCAACUCGCCCUUUAAGGCAAGAGGAAUGGACACGAGAAAGAUGCCUUCUCUGGCCUUCCUUCCUCCCUCCCUCCCCAUUAGCCCUUCUCUUCUUCCUUUCUAACCCGGAUUAAGAUGCCUAGGAGGCUAGCGCGUUCCACGGUGGGCCAUUUGUCAUCAAGGCUCUGCCUGCGAGUUAAAGGACUUGGCUUAUAUUAGGGAUGUACCAUACAAAUGCAAUUUAGAAGAAAUUUGGGGAUUUAAAAAGUCGGCAUAAAUUUAAUAUUUCUAUAGCCCAAUCAAUACUUGGCCCCGUGCCAAUUCGUCUCACCGUGGUGCAUUUUGCAGUUGUCCAAAUAAAAAAAUUAACUGGGGGAGAGGGAGGGGGGACACAGGUGGAAUGAACCUGAGCCAUCAGGGACAAUCUAAUAGACUCUUCGGUAAAUCAGGCCUUUGCCAAUCAGGAUAAGCACAUUUGACCAGUUGAUCUUAAAUAGUCCCUAACUUUCGUCAGAGAAAGUAGAGCGAACGAAAACGCCAGGAGAGACGAAAGAUACACUGCGAGCAGUCUCUCUUUUUCGUACAGAUUUAGUGAGGGAGUUGCUCGCGCGCGUGGUCAUUUUCGUGUCUCGCACGUUUCGCUCGACGGACUACGAAAGAGAGAGCCUGCUCGUAGUCUAGGCAAAACGCAGAGGGAUCUUACCUCUAUCCCCGAGCGAUGAACUACAAGUAGUCCCAAGUCAAGUUUAAUAUUAAUCAUGGCCUAUUUUGUUCAUCGAUCUCCUUUUAUUUUCAGUUCUUUCCAAGACACUUCAGAAGGCACAGAGUUCUCCUUAUUUAUUUGCAUGUUUGGUGCUGUCUGUCAUUUUAUGUAUCUUCAUUUUCUUGCGCUUUCGACGAAAUCGACGGUAUUUCGGCAGAUUGUAGUGUGUGACCAUGUAGCGAUCAAGUCAUUUAUUUUUUGAAAUAUAUUUUUACCAGACGUUGUAAUUUUUUUAAGAAUAUAUUAUUUUUAUAGAGGAUCAGGUCCUCCCUUUUUCUUUGUAUUCUCGCUAUUAUUCGGUCCGAUAGCAGACCAAGGUUGGUGAGAGCAGUGUGUGCGAUCAAGUGAGUGGGUCAAACGCUGUUUCAUCCCAGCUCAUCUUAUAAAAUCGUUAUUUUUUUAAACAAAUUCAAUAUGGCCGCUACACAUACCCUAGGGAAUUCUCUUUUGCAAACCGCCAUUGCAGGAGAGGUUAAUAAUCAUUUCAUAAUUUUGUGAUAUGUAAUAGACGGCACCAUUCAAAACUAAUUCAGUGCUUAACAGCUUUCAUUAAAUUAAUGAUU